GGGGUUCCAAUCCCCAGGCUCGCAGUCAGCGCCAGGCCGAAUUCAGCCUCCCGCCGCAAGCUCCCUCCCGCCGUUCCCGACGAGCACGCAGGUGCCGCUGGCCUUUGGGCUAGGGCUUAAAAGCUCAACACGGGCGAAAAAGAUGCGGUCUCAGUUGACGGGGACGCUUUAGAGAAACGGACUCGCCUUUCCUGUUCCGGUUGGAUCUACGCCGGCUUCUCAGGCCCCAUGUGGGAUUCGGCCCGGGUGCUCUUGUGAGCUGCUGCUCCUGCGGUCGGUGAGAUUACCUCGGUCUAGAGUACGGAGCAGCUCCGUGGCCACGAGGACGUCACCAUGCCUAAAGCACCAAAGGGAAAAAGUGCAGGACGGGAAAAAAAGGUCAUCCAUCCAUAUAGUAGAAAAGCAGCUCAAAUUACGAGAGAGGCCCACAAACAAGAAAAAAAGGAAAAAUUGAAGAAUGAAAAGGCCUUGCGUCUCAACCUUAUUGGUGAAAAACUGCAAUGGUUUCAAAACCAUCUUGAUCCCCAAAAGAACAGAUAUUCAAAGAAAGAUGCUUGUCAACUAAUUGAAAGGUACUUGAAUCGAUUCAGCAGUGAGCUGGAGCAGAUUGAGUUACAUAACAGUAUCAGGGACAGGCAGGGGAGGCGGCACUGUUCCCGGGAGACUGUCAUCAAGCAGACGAUGGAGCGGGAGCGACAGCAGUAUGAAGGAUAUGGCCUUGAGAUUCCUGACAUCCUAAAUGCAAGUAAUCUGAAAACGUUUAGGGAAUGGGACUUUGAUCUGAAGAAAUUACCAAACAUUAAAAUGAGAAAAAUUGGUGCUAAUGAUGCAAUUCCCAAGAAGUGCAAGAGGAAAACUAUUGUAACUGUAGACCAAGAUUUAGGGGAAUUGGAACUAAACGAUGAAUCAAGUGAUUCAGAUGAGGAAAUGACUGCAGUGGCCUAAUUGUCUUCACUUGAAUUGAAAAUAAAUAAUUUGAGAGCUUCAAAUUAUAUUCAUUGAUUAUGGUACCUAAUUGUCAAGAUACAAGAUUUUGAUACUGACAUUCUCUUAUAUAAUGAGAGUUUCAUUUGCAGUUUCAAAAAUGGUGUUAUGAUAUUUAUUUUAAAAUGAAGAUUGUUUUUCAUUUACAUUAAGUUGCUAAAAUAGAUAGAUGUGAUCUGCAGAAGUUGUUUAAUGUUUUUCAUCUGAAUUUCGGGCCGGGAGGGAGCAAUAUAACUAAGGACAAAAAAUGUUUUGUUCCUCUUGUGUAUUUAUGACCACCUACUUUUAUGUUUUGUGGAGUGGACAGUAACCUGUUUCCUAAAAGAUUCCUGUGGGUACUUUUUGAGUUGUGAUAAGAGCAAAAUUGUCUUUCAGUAAUAAUAUCACACUAAUGCUUCUUUUAAACAUUAAACCUAUUUUCCUUUUUUACAAAAUAAGGGAAAAUGUGAUAAGAAGUUUGUAUACACUGCUGGAUUAUAGAUAAUUAUUUAUCUUUUGAACCAGAGUUAAAUGGUAAAAGAAAAAAAAAUCAGUGAUGAUCGUUAUGUUGAUUUCCCACAAUCAAUUUAUCUUUUGACAAAGGGGAUAAAGAGUUUCAGUUUAGCUCCUUUUAAUUGUAUAUUGUGUUUUGCUUUUUUAUUGUGAAAAGUGAUAGGUUUUAUUUGUGGAGAGAGAAUUAAAGAUUAGAGAACCAGAGAUUUUAAUUUUGCUACUUUUUCUUCUAAGAGAUAAGUUGACAUAUAAUUCAGUAUUUUCAGUGUCAUGAAAAACAUGAAUGUUGUACAAUUUUCUUCCUCAAAAAACUUGUUAAAUGCAAGUAUCCUUAGUAUGUUUUUAAAAGAGCACAAUGCAGGUGUAUUUGAGUAUUUUCAAGAAAAGAAUAAAAACAUUAAUGCUGUAUUAGGUUAACCGAAUAUCAACUAAGUCUUAUUAACAGUUAAAGUAUUAUAACUACUUUUUUUACUUCUGAAAAUUAAAAAUAAAAUUUAUUUCUGCAAUUUCA